UUAUCUUUGGUUUCUUCUUGAACUGCUUUGAAUCUUGUUUUACCGUGUCCCUUUCCCUUCCUUGCCGUCUUAGUUCAACUUCGAUCCGAGCUUCAUGAAACACAACUUGAUUUCCAGAGAUGGUCAAUGUAUCAAGGACAGCUGCAAUACUGCUGAGUACUGUCACGUUCUGCAAGUCACAAGAAACGUCUGCCUCUAGUGAAACUGGUCCAAGCAUUUAUAGAGCGUCUGGACAGUACAAAUAUUAUGGCUGUUACAAUGAAACCAUGCAGAUCCAGGAUUCGGCGCAGGAGCGGGCUCUGACUGGUGGCUCUCACCUUGUAAAGGCAGGCAAGAUGACAGUGCCCAUUUGUCUCGAGUUUUGUGCUUCGAAUGGUACACAAUAUCAGUAUGCUGGGCUUGAAUGGUCAAGGGAAUGCUGGUGUGCGCCAUAUUUGUCAAGUCUUUCAGUCCAGCUCGGUGAUGGAGACUGCGAGAACUCGUGUGAAGGCAAUUCGUCUCAGGUUUGUGGCGGGCCGCUGAGGUUGAGCGUGUACGAACUUUCAAAGGGAGGGGAUGCACCAGAUGGAGUUGCCAUCCAACAGAUACCUAGGGCCUUGCUUGUUUUAACUAUUAUUUCCGGAAUGUCUCUCUUAGCGGUCUGAAACACAAACAGGUUAACCCUGAGAAGAAUCCAGGAGCAAAGUGUGGUAACUCAUGAAA